AUGGAAACGAGAUCGGGGCGUCGCCUCAGCUCGCCUCCGCCGCCGCAUGUAGCUUGCCACGGCCGUGGUCCACGAGAUGCCGACCUAAUCGGCGCCCUCCCCGAUGAUAUCCUCCUCCUGGUGCUGGUGCGCUUACGCUGCGUCCGCGCCGCCGCGCGCACUGGGCUCCUCUCGCGCCGGUGGCGCGGCCUCUGGACCUACCUCCCGGAUCUCACCUUCCGCGGCGUCCCGCCCGCCAAGGUCGAAUCGGCGCUCGCCAGUUUCGCUGCUUCGCCGGCGGUGUCCCUCCUCGACAUCUGCAUCCGGGUGGGACAUACAGCCGCCCAAGCCAACUCGUUGCUGCGCGCCGCCGCUAUAGUCUCUCCAGCGGAGCUAUUCUUCGACUUCCCGGGGUCUAGUAAGUUAGUUUUGAGCCACAUGGACCGCAUCGAGCUGCCCUGCUUCGACCGCACCAUAUCGAUCAAGCUGGAGACCUGGCUCUGCGUCAUGCCGCCGCCGGCCGGCGAGUUCACUGCGCUGGAGAGGCUGUCCCUCAAAGCCUGCAUCCUGGACCUUGGGACCUUUACGCCACAGUCAGCCGGCGAGUUCCCCGCGCUCAAGACGCUGGCCCUUGACGGCAACAUUGUCGACCUUGGCACCUUCCUGAACCGCUGCCCACGAUUGCGCAACAUCAGUAUCACCUUUCAUGGUGUUGAGCCCGACUCACACAAACCAGCGCUGGCCACACUCGAAGCUGUGGCGGCACACGGUGGUGUCUCGGUGUCCCUACUCGGCAUCCACCUCUGUAGUGCACAUGGUACCAAUGCCACCCUUCUCCGCGCCGCAGCGAGGCUCUCCCCGCAAGAGCUCGUCUUCACUCACCUAAUUGACACACUAUAUGACCAGAAGUAUAGAGAUGUCGACCUGCCCUGUUUUCCCAAUGCCGUCUCGAUCAAGAUUAAACUGUAUCAAAUCUGCUUCACACGGCUUCUUGGUGGCAAGUUCUCCAAGCUCGACAGUAUGAUCCUUAAAAAAUGCAUCAUCAACGACCUUAGCACCUUGGUUUCCCUCUGCCCAUGCCUUCGUGUGCUGAAGGUGAAGGCAGCUAUGUCCAAAUGUGAGAUCACGAUCCACUCAACAUCGCUGCAGGAGCUUCUCCUGGAUUACUAUACGGAAUGCCGUGGUGUUGACAUUGUGACUCCCAUGCUUAAGCAAUUGACAAUGGAUUUUGAGGCCGACAAAGACAUCAAUGUGUUCAUAUCGGCACCAAUGCUGGAGAAUGUCUCGUUGGAACGCUCUUAUACAGGUUUGCCCAUUGUGUUUGGUUUUUGGCACCUUCACUCUCUGAGCUUAGAUAGACAGAGGUUUGUCACAAACAACCAUGCCCUGUAUGUUUUCAUGUAUGCUUUGGUAUGUCUUUUGCCCUGCUCAAUUUACUUGAUUUACUGGCUAAAUUGGUUUUAUGUAUGA